AUGGGCGACCGCAAGAGCGACGGCAAAGGCCGCGGCGGGUCGAGGAAGGGCCUGAACCCGCUUCUACCUCACAACAACCGCAUGAGUAGUAGCUCCGCGCUCAAGAUGACGGGGAUAUGGACCCAAACGAUUGGAUACGAUCCAUAUGCACAGGAGGGAGAAAACCGGCAGCAGGCUGAAGAAGCCGAAGCAGCGACGCGAGAACGUGCCAAGGGCAUCAUGGCGUUGGCAACGCUGUCGAAUCAAGCGAAUGUAUCCCGCGGCGCGUGCAAAAAGUGCGGGAUGAUGGGGCACCUGACGUUCCAGUGCCGCAACUUUGACGUGGCUGUUCCCAAAGAGGACGAUUCUUCCGACGACAGUAGCAGCAGUAGCAGCGACGACGACGACCAUCGCCGGCCAUCGCGGCGUCGGGAUGAGUCGCCGCCAAAGAAAAAGCGAAAGCGCAGUCGAUCUCCCAAGAAGAAGUCUAAAAAGGGCCACAAGAAGAAGCACUCGAAGAAGAAGCAUCGCCAAGGACGCGACGACGAUUGA